AUACUUCUAAAAAAUUGGACCUCGUCUUCAGUGUCCACUUGGUGGUUUCUCUCUUUUACCUUUUUUCAUACUCAUAACCAAAAUAUAAAAAUCACAAACAUUUCCAAGCACUACAAAACUUAAUUCACAUAACCAAACCAUGUCCAUGUCACCCAAGAACCAACAUGUGGCCGUUCUCGCCUUCCCAUUCGCAACACACGCCGGUCUCCUCCUCGGCCUUGUCCGGAGGUUAGCCGAUGCUGGCCCGAACGUGACCUUCUCCUUCUUCAGCACAACCAAAUCCAACCAACCAUUGUUUUCGAUGCCAACAGUACCCGAUAACAUCAUACCCUAUGAUGUGUCCGAUGGAGUGCCCGAGGGUUAUGUGUUUUCCGGGAAGCCACAGGAGGACAUUGAGUUGUUCCUCAAGGUGGCGCCCCAGAAUUUUAGGAGAGGCGUGGAGGCGGCUGAGGCAGACACCGGGAGGCGGAUCAGCUGCUUGUUGGCGGAUGGUUUUCUGUGGUUCGCGGCGGAGAUGGCAGAGGACAUGGGGGUCUCGUGGGUGCCACUUUGGACGUCUGGGGCUUGUUCUCUGUCCGUGCAUGUUUACACUGAUCUUAUCAGGCAAACGGUUGGAACUACUGAUGUUGCAGAUCGUGAGAACGAAAUACUAAGCUUCAUUCCAGGAUUUUCUGCACUACGCCUUGGUGACUUACCUAGUGGAGUCCUCUUCGGAAACUUAGAAUCACCCUUCUCAACCUUGCUACAUAAAAUGGGACAAUGUCUGACACGAGCCACCGCCAUUCCCAUUAACUCCUUCGGAGAAUUAGACCCUACCCUCAUCAAAGACCUCAAGUCCAAGUUCCCAAAAGUCCUCAACGUCGGACCCUUCAACCUAACAUCCCCGCCACCAAGGUCGAUCACGGAUGAGCAUGGCUGCCUAGCUUGGUUGGACAAGCAGAAGGCCAACUCCGUGGCCUACAUUGGCUUUGGAACUGUGGCAUCACCUUCACCUAAGGAGAUAGUGGCAUUGGCUGAGGCACUUGAAGCAAGUGGUACACCCUUUAUUUGGUCUAUUAGAGACAACAUGACAAGCCAUUUGCCAAAGGGGUUUUUGGGGAGGAAUAGUGAGAUUAGUAAAGUAGUGCCAUGGGCACCGCAGGUACAAGUCCUGGCUCAUGCUUCUACCGGGGUUUUUAUAACGCAUUGUGGAUGGAAUUCGGUUUUGGAGAGCAUUGCAGCCAGUGUGCCUAUGAUCGGGAGGCCAUUCUUCGGUGAUCAGCAGCUGAAUACAUGGAUGGUUGAAAAUGUUUGGCGAAUUGGAUUGAGGGUGGAAGGUGGGAUUUUCACGAAAAGUGGCACAAUGCGUGCUCUAGAAGUCAUUUUUUCGCAUGAAGAAGGGAAGAAAUUGAAGGAGCGAAUUGGAGUGUACAGAGAGCUUGCUCUUAAGGCUGUUGGAUCGAGUGGGACCUCAACUGAAAAUUUCAAAUCAUUGGUAGAGGUGGUCACAGGUCACAACAUUUGAGGUUUAUUUGGGAAUGCCAUCUUGUAAAACGGGAAUUUUCUAAUGUUAUGAUUUGGAGUCAGUUUCAAUUUGAUUGCUAAAGUCAAAUAUGAUUUGUACUCGUACAAUUGUACUUUGUUUUUUAACCUGGCAAACAACUAACUAGACUUGAGAUGAUUCCACA